GGAAACUGAGGCUCUGGAGCCAGAGGGCCCCGGGCUUACCUCUGGCCUCCUGCCGCCUGCCUGCCUCAGUUUCCUCGCCUGUAGAAUGGGGACAGUCAGACCCCCACCCCGACCCCCGGGGUUGUCUGAGGGGCUGCGGGUCUUUCCUGGGGUUCAGGGGCCCCAACUUUGGGGGGGUCGUCUGCCAAAAUAAGAAGAUUGCGGGGACCCGUCCACGUGCUCCUGGCCUCCCCCAAAGGGCCCCCCCCUUUCUAGCCCAGAGGCGGUGAAGGCGGGGCCGGGGCGCUGAGUGAGGUCUGGCCUCUGAGGCCGUCCGCCCCUCCCCCAGCCACAGGGGAGGGGGGCUUCUUCCUCCUGCCUCCCUGUUACCUGCCCCUCCUCCCUCCCGCCUCUCAGCGUCCCAGACCCCUCCCCCCAGGCACCAGGGCCUUCCGUCGCCUUUCAGCAUCUUUUCAUGCAGUUCUUUGCAGGUUUCUCUGACCCCGUGACAUUCGUCAUUCUGUAUGGGAAGCUUCGUUUAAAGCCAUGGCAAGGCCUUAUUAAGGUCGAGCAUGUGCAGGGAUGCAGGGAUCAAUGUGUAUCAGGGAUACAGACACGUGCACACAGGUCCUCCUCCAGCAGCUUCCGUGCUAUGGGGAAGCCAGGGUUUGUGAGAAGUCCCGGCUCCCCAGAAGAUCUGGCCACCGCCUACAACAACCGGGGUCAGAUCAAGUAUCUUCGGGUGGACUUUCACGAAGCCGUGGACGAUUACAGCGCCGCCAUCCAGACCCUGCCCCACUUUGAGGUCCCCUAUUACAACCGAGGCCUGAUCUUCUACAGGAUGGGGCAGUUUGACGAAGCUUUCGAAGAUUUCAAGAAAACGCUGGACUUGAAUCCUGGCUUUCAAGAUGCUGUGCUGAGCUUAAAACAGACUAUUUUAGAUAAAGAAGAAAAACAGAAAAGAAAUUAUUAAAAAUUCUACCAUAAGUAAAACAUUUUGCACCUGACAACCUGGAUUUUGUUUGUUAUUGACUAGAGCAGAAGAAUGCUUGGAGCUGUUUUCAUUCCCAUUUAAGAAAAAGAGACUUUUGAUAAGCAGGUGGGAGCCAGGAUGGGCCAUGGCCUGGGCCUGUGGGUGGUUUUGUGACCAAACACGAGUGAUCAUUUUCGCUGCUUGUGUUGAAUGAUGAUUUUUAAAUGUUCAAAUAUUUGAAUUGGUAAAAAUAUGUAUUAUUGUAGUUGAGAUUUA